UUUGACGUUUCCCAGUCAAAAAAAAAAGAACAUCAGAUCUCCGCCAUAUUGCAAACCUCAAGUAAAAGUCCAUCAGAAGUGCGCCCGGAUUUUCUCCGCAGAAACAGAAAGAAAAAGCGUGGUUACUUGGCUCAGUCGAAGCAGUCUCUUCUACCGCGUUCUUCUUUCCCGGCAUUCUCCUAGCAUCGAGCACCAACUGGCCGUCGCAAUGGGUUACGAACUGAAGACAGCCCCGUUUGAUCCUCGCUUCCCGAACCAGAACCAGACCAAGCACUGCUACCAGAGCUAUCUCGAUUUCCACCGCUGCGAGAAGGUCAAGGGCCAGGGGGACCAGGUAUGCAAGUACUUCAAGAGCACCUUCGCCUCGCUGUGUCCGAACUCGUGGGUUGAGAAAUGGGACUCCCAACGUGCGGAAGGUACCUUUGCCGGUCACAUCUAGGCCAAAAGUGCACAAGAUGGCCAGAGCACCGGCCCGUGUUCGGCCAGGAUAGGUCGGUGUUCUACAUUCGCACUUAUUAGUAUCAAAGAGUGGAAGAUGAUUGGCAUUCAUUGAUCCGUUGGACUACUACUGCGCUCUCCACACCAUGAGCGCUUGAGAAAGAAAUAUUAAACUCAACCAAUAUAAAUUAAAUCUGCUGUGAAC